AGCUAGGUUAGCUAUGCAGCAGAAGUGACGUACUGAUGUGUUAGGCAUAAUAUCAAAGGAAUUGUCAGCUGUUGCUGUUGUUGUGAAUAAUCGAAUGUCAUAAAACAUGUAAUAGAAAAUGUAAACAACGUCUCUGGGAUAUAUAAUCAGUUGCCAUCACUAUUCAUUAUGUCUUUCCCUUCACCAAGAAGGUCUUCAAAAUCGGGGAUUGUUGUGAUACGCCCACAGCCUGCAAGUGACAAGUCAUACAUGUCCAGUGUAGUUGACUUUUUACAUGAUGCAUAUUCUGGUGGACAGAAAACUGAUGACAAGGAAAUGAUCCUUUGGGUCAGAUUUGAAAAUCUCAACACACAUGACUUGCAAGGCUACUGUGGGAGCUGUGUGUUUGAUAAUGACCAUUGCCUGGUGCUACUUAUCAUAGGCUACUCAAAUGGGGCUCAGAUCUGGCACUUAACAGAAAGUGGUGAAGCCCAUGAAUUGAUGUCUCUACGGCAAGGUCCCAUUAGGAUUCUCAGGGUUCUACCGAAACCAUUCUGCCAACAAGACAGCAAUCAGCUGGAGAAAAGGCCACUGAUAGCAGUUUGUGAUGGUACUGGUUCAGCUCAGCCAUUCUGUUCUGUUUCAAUGCAGUCAUUAAAGUCAGGAGAACAAGUUCACAGUAUAUCAUUCCAAACUCCAGUGUGUGAUAUAAUCUGUAACAAAAGAAUCCUUAUUGUAGCCCUGCAAGAGAAAGUUGCUGCGUUUGAUGCAGUGACUUUCAAGAAACGUUUCUGUAUAACAACAUGCUAUCCCAGCGGACCACCGAAUCUUAACCCAUUAGCUCUAUCAUCAAGGUGGUUGGCCUAUGCUGAUAGGAAGCUUAUAUCCAGGCAUCAGUCAGGAGGGGGUAUAUGCAAUGAAGGGGUGUACUCCUACACUGCAACAGUCAUACAUGCUGCCAAGACAAUAACUAAGGGCAUAUCCAUGUUUGGUCAAACUGUUGGUAAUUUAGCAAGCACUAAGCUUUCAAAUUCCCCACCAAGAACAAAUACAAACAAUGAGAAAGCUGCAGAAGACCGUGGACCAAAUUCCUCUCUUAAAAACCUAGUUCCUGGAAUUGUCACAAUAAUUGAUGCCAACUCAAUCACAGAUGAGUUCAACUUAACGAAUGACACCAGUGAGGAAGGUUUAAUUGCACAUUUUCCUGCCCACCAUUCUCACCCGAUUUCAGCACUAGCCUUUGACCCGAGUGGUACGUUACUCUUCACAGCAGAUAAGCUAGGCCAUGACUUUAACGUAUUCAAGGUAAUGAGCCAUCCCUGUGGAUCCAGUCUAGGUUCAGUCCAUCAUCUGUACGUGCUACAUCGAGGCGAUACCAGUGCUAAGGUGCAAGAUGUUUGCUUUACUAAUGACAGUCGUUGGAUUUGUGUCAGCACGAUGCGUGAAACAUCGCAUGUUUUUCCGAUCACACCUUACGGUGGUUCUGUAGGCAUUCGAACACACACCGCUCCUAAAAUAGUUAACAAAGAAAGUCGAUUUCAUAAAAGUGCUGGUUUAGAAGAGAUUCAGAAAUCAGAAAAGAGAAAUGUAGCAAGCUUAUCCAGCAGUCCAACCUCUCAAGCAGGUUUCCAUAGCCAAGAUUCUGUGCCAAGUCUAACCCACAACAAUGCCCUGAAUGCUAACCUUGGAAACCCUCGCUUACCCCCCUUUCCACAACCUGUGGUUGUAACCCCUUAUGCCCAAAUCAAGCAGCCAACGACACUAGCUGGGAUGACAUCUAGCUCUGGCCGCCCACAUAGCGCUGGCAAUGGUACACAAACAGGUGACCUGAUGGGUGUGUGUGCAUGUUUUUCAUCAUGUAAGGGUUCAUACCCAAGCAGUCCUAAGCUCCCUGGAGAGAAACCUGAAAUUGUGAAAGCUUCAAUGGUGGAAUCUCUCUAUAUAAUGGGUCAUCAUGGACUGUUAGUAGAAUACCAUCUUGACCCCCAUCCAGCAAAUAGCACUAACACCAAGAAAGCUGAUGAUUCGCCGCUUGAACUUCAAACUACUGCACAUGCUCAGUGGCAUCUUCAAAGAGGUAGCAAUUGGGCAGAAUUAAGACCACCUUUAUUGGUUAGUAACCCAUCUAGUCAACUGGAUUCUACUCCAUCAGGUUCAGUUAGCAGUGAUGGUAAAAGUCCAUCCGGGAGCCAGACUUCCUCAAACAGUAUUCAAGAUGAAUUUGAUGAUCAGUGGCUGGAGGAAGUAGAGAUGGUCACACAUGCUGGUCCUCACCGACGUCUGUGGAUGGGGCCACAGUUCCACUUCAAGCCUUUUCCGCAGACAACUACUACAGUUCUAGGCUCACAUUCCCCUGCACUACUGCCACAGAGUUUGGAAUCCACUGACAUCGCUUUGGAGACUGAGGAUCUCUAUGACUUGCAGUCAUUGAAUUUGCAGCCAAGAUCUGAACCAAUGCCAACUCCACGCAGCAGUAAGGAGAACACGGCUGAUGCCUGCCACAUGGAUGAAAUGAAUUCACUACCAACAUUUAUAGAAUAUGGCUCAGGAAAUUUUGAUCAGAUGCCACAUCUACUUGAAGUGAGUUGCAGUAGCCCAGAAGUUCCAGAGGAUGCUUUGAAGUACAACUUGGCGGAGGCCAUGGCAGAUGGAGAGCAAUACAAUAGAACUGAAAUGCACACCCAGUUUGAUGGCAGCAGUGAGCAGCUGAAUUCUAGUUCAAGUUCAAGUGAGGUCAAUCCUAACUCAUUUGAAGCCACCAGUUCAGCACCUGCCUUGGAAAGUGUAUUAGUAUUCCCUGCAAGCAGCUCCCCUGAUUCAUGCUGACAUUAAUCAAGUGGUUGCACAGGUCGUCAUCAUACAGGUCAUUUUCAUAAAGGUCCUUGUCAUACAAGUCGUUUUCAUAAAGGUCGUUGUCAUACAGGUCAUUGUCAUACAGGUCGUUGUCAUAAAGGUCGUAAAGUAAUUGUCAUACCCGGUGCAAGAUGGUUGAAUAAUUCAAUGUAUUUUAUAUCCAUGUGUAAUUAUUACUGAAAUAGAGCAUUCUAAUUGAAAGUUCAAAUAUACUGCCUUUGUAGAACUAAAAAACAUUAAUUCAAUAUUUAAAUUACUUACUUUAUAUAUUUAAGUAAGUUAUUAGCCAUCAAUUGAAUAUUAAUUAGAAUGAGAACAUUAUUUUUAUGCCAAACGAACACUUAAACACCAUUCCUAUAUUCUUUGCAUAGACCCUUAAUGUGGCAGGUAAUCAAUUUAAGGAUUUCCAUAGUCAAAAUUUGAAUUACUUAUAAAUAGUAUUGCUUGUAAUUGUACACUCAAUAUUCAUGCAACUGUUACAGUUUGUGAAUGCAAAAAAAACAAAACACAAUUUGAGUACUAUAGAAUCUAUUAAUCUGUACUCUUCGCUAUAUUAACCUUUGUAUAUAGUGCAUAAAGUUAUGUUUGUUGUCCUAGUUAAUCCAUUGAUAUUUUUCAGUUAUUCCUCUAUUGCCUUAAGUAGCUGAUAGAAUUCUCUGAGCAUGACGCAAUAACACGCCUUGCGAGGGAUAAUUUUGAAUGACAAUUCGCUUGGACUGCCGCCAGUGCCCUCCUGUGGGGAGAAAAAAACCAAUUCGUUGGAGAGAGAAAAAUUAUGUAAUUUUUACAGAAUGCAAGUCUAUAAUUGAUUGAAUAGGUCUAAAUUGUUGGAGUUUCAGGGCCCCUGUGAGGGGGUGUGGGCUGGACCUGCCCACUUACUGUAUGCUUCCAUCUGGGAAAUCAACCUUCGGAAACAUUAGACACCCAUUGGGCAAAUCCUGACACCAUCACUGAUUAUCAGCGGACUGAAAUUGCUUUAGGCAGGCACUAUCCUUUUUACCUGUUUCUCCCUGAUCUUGUACUGUUUCUCCAUGCAUGGCAAGUGUACACAUCAUUAAGCCGGGCACACACUGCAUUAUGUGCUGCUACCUCCUGAUUUUUGGUGGUAGUCUCAGCAGAUCGUUAUUGAAAACGAUCCAGUGUGCACAGCUCGUCGUGUUGCUUUCUCUAUGGAAUCGAGUCGUCCAAUAACAGUUGCCUCAUGUGUCCCCAGCGGAUGAUACAUUCUGUUUUAAGCUAAUACAUAGACCAUUAAAUUGGCUUGUAAUAAAUAAGGAUAAAAAAGGAAAUAUUUGUAUAUUAUUGAAAUUGGGAGUUGGACUUUUAAUUUAUUAAAACAAAAAUUGACAGUACAGUAUAUCUUAAUGUAUACAUUAUUAUAAAUUUAAUGUAUAGCUUAAUAAAUUUAUGAAUAAUUAAUGGUACAUGUAUACAUUACUUUCUUGUCUUAUAUAUUAUUGUCUGUUAAUUUGUUUAUGGUUUAUUUUCUUCUCUUAUGUUGUUGUUAAGCGCCCCGGGGUUGUGACAACGUGAGGCGCUAUAAAAAUCCAGAAUUUUAAUUAUUUAUUAUGAAAAUAAAAAAAUAUAGAAUAAUUGCAAAUUAGAAUGAAGAAGGGAUUAAAUGGAAGAAGCUAUAGAUUUUCUUCAUUCUAAAUAUGAAAAUUAUUUAAAAAAAAAAAAUUACACCAGAUUUUUGAGGUAGGCAAGGUAUAUAUUAGAAUUAAUAAUUAUAACAUAAAUGAUAUUGCACAAUGUUAAUAAUUUUAAAAAAUAUUCAGGGAUUUUAAAGUUUGUCUCUGUGUAUGUUUCUUGUUAAUAUAUUUAUAAGAGAUUUAACAUUGUUCAAUAUAUUCUCUAUAGAAACAAAUCCAAAGUGAAGUUGAUUUAGGAACAGAGAGAAUUCUCUAUUAUGCGAUCUUAUAGUUUCUCUUAUACUGUAGUAAGAUGGUGCAAAGUACUAUUCCAGAUCAUAGUCUUGUAUGUUUACAUAACAUUCUCGCAUAAAUUUCACAGACAUGACAGACAUACAUUUUCUUGUGUUACUGAAUUUACGUUAAAUUGAUUCCUGAAAAAAAUAUUUUAUUUUAUUUUUCUUUGUUAAAGUAGUUGUAAGAAGCCAGUGCAUUAGAUUCUGUGAAAUAGAUUCCAUACUGGAAUUUAACAAACAUGAACUUUCUGUUGUUGGACAGCACUUUUGUGAUUGUGAUGGUAUUUUCCAAUACUGUAUUGUUUAAAAAAUUUUAACAUCCUAUACUAGAAAGAAAAUCUAUCACCAUUUUUCACUGGCAGAAGUUUUACUCUAGGAUUGUGGCCAAAGGUCAUUGGUUCAGACCACCCGGUUGGAUGUUGGAAGAUUUCUUGAGCUGCUUGCGCGCCGCAUAUGGGACUUGCACUUUCAGGAUUCAAAUUAUGAAGUAGAACUCAACGUUACUUUAUACUGGUACUUUAAUCACUUAGACUUCAAUAUCAACAUGCCAUUGUUAGACCUUUGAACUUUUCACCAUGCCAUUACUGUAUUAGACUUUUGAUGUUUUCGACAUACUAUUGUUAAAUAUAUCUUAAACAAGUUUUAUCAAUUGAGUGUCACUAUUAACAUUAAUCAAUUGUAUGCGUAAUUUAUUAUAUGUUUUCAGUUUCCAAAAAUAGUGCAGUAUUAUUUUACAGUUACAGGGAUCCAUGGGACUUUUAAAAUCUGAAUGACCUGAUUAUUUUUACUUGGGAGAUUUUUAACAUGUACCACAAUUUUUAUUAGGCUUUCUCAGGCAUUUUUAGCUAUGCAUUAUUGUUAUUGGGGUUUUUUUUCAAUAGGGGAAUGAUAUUUAAUAAGCCAUUUAUUUACAUUAUUUUACAGUAUUUAUUUGCAAAAUAAAAUUCAAAAUUUUUGAAAUUUCUGUUCUUUCUUGUUUUAACCAAAUUGGAAACUGCGUUGAGUGCAGUUUCAGGUUUUUGUUUUAACAAUUUAAUGGUUGCUUCAGCAUUGCUGUCCAAGUAACAUUUGUGAUUAUAGUUUAAUAAAUAAAUUAUUAAAUAAGGGUCAGUA